AUGGCCGACGAAUCAACCUCGCUUGAGCUUGCCUCCAUCGACAAGCUCGAGCUCCUCAACGGCACCACCGCCGUCAGUUGGGUGUCGUUUGAGGAGAGCCUCUUCACGUACCUGGGCUCCGUUCGAGUGGGAGAUUACUGCCUCCUAGACGUUGUCCUCGAAACACCUAAUGGCCUCCCCCCCACUCCGCCCCCACUCCCAGGCUCCUCCCCCCUCGACGCCCCACCACUCCCGACCGAACCUGCCCCCCAAGCCCCUAUCCUAGGGGCUUGGGAGGAUGAUCCGGACAGGUGGGCUCGCACGCUCAACAAAUACAACAAGGAGCGGGACGACUAUGUCAUCAAAAGCAGAGCACACGCAGCUGCCAUCGCCGAUCACGAAGCUGCCACUGCAAAACUUGCAGAAUUCAAAGCCGCCUCCGAAGAGUACUCUGCUAAGCUCCGUAAGCACCACUCCGAUACAGCUGCAUGGCGCAUUGCUGACCGCCGUGCACUUACUAUCAUCUUCUCAUGCGUUCCCUCCUCUCUCAAGCGUGACCUUCGCCCCCCAUCCUCCCCCUCCCUCUGGAAGUCUCUCUCCUCCCAAUAUGAUCGCCAGGACUUACGUUCCCUCCUCUCCCUCUUUCGCACCUUCCAAGACAUCACACUGGACUCCUCCCUCAACGCUGCUUCCUUCGCUCGGCGCCUCACGGACACUGCACAACGUCUCAAUGAUCGUGGCAUCUUGAUCUCCGACACCCUCCUCACAGCACGCAUCCUUGACUGCCUCCCACCCACCUACGACACUUACCGCAUCAAUUUCACCUCCCAGCACAUCCGUCCUCCUCCUGAACAAACACCGGCGGAAGCAGCGGGGGCGGACCAGGACGUGGCUCGGGCGGUGGUGGAAGAGGAGGCGGUCGCGGAGGUGGACGAGGAGGGCGCACUGGGGAACGUGGCGGGCGUGGGGCAACCACUUCAACCACGGUUUGUGUUGAAAGCAAGCUGA